GGCUCUGCGAUGUGUGCGAGUGCGCGCGGACGAGUCUUCGAGAUUCCGGAACACUCAUUUCCAAGGAUUUAAAAAUCUUCGAGCGAAGCGGUAGUGUAAUGACAAGACCCGAAAUACACAAAUACAUCCAACACAGGGUUGACUUUACCGCUUUCGACGUCAAAUGGAUGCCGCAGAGUGCCAAGUUCCUUGCUUUCGGAGCAUGUCCGGACGGCCAAGGAACGGUGAAUGUGUACGAGCUGGACGGUUGUUCAGUGAACAAAACGCAACAGCUUCCACACCCACGAGGCGUAAAAUGCGGUACGUUUGCGUCCUCGAGUAGGGAGGAACGCAACGUUACGACGGGUGGCUUUGACGGAAACUUGCGAAUUUGGGACGUAGAAUGUCCAAGCGAGCCAGUUGUGUGCAUUAGAGGCCACAGUAAAAUCAUAAACUCAGUUGAUGGCAUCGGCGACACUGACGGUUCUCCAGCGAUAGUGACAGGAUGCAAAGACGGUUCCGUUAAGGUGUGGGAUCCGAGAAAACCAGUACAACCGACCGUGGUUAUGGAACCGGCGCCGGAGCAGCUGAAGCUAGACUGUUGGGCAGUCUGCUUCGGCAACGGCUACAGCGCGGUGGAACGGUGUGUCUGUGCUGGAUACGAAAAUGGAGACAUCAAAUUUUUUGACCUCAGAAAUCUCGCCGUCACCUGGGAGACCUGCGUCAAGUCAGGCGUCUGUAGCCUGGAGUUUGACCAGAAGUCCAUCUACAUGAAUAAACUAGUCGCAUCUGGAACUGGGUCCAACAUACAUGUCUUUGAUCUGAGGACGAAGCACCCAAAAGGAGGCUUUGCUCAAUUGUCACAUUCUCAGGAUGAAACAAACUCUACCAUUUGGGCUGCACGACAUUUGCCACAAGACAGGGACAUAUUUGCUACCUGUGCGGGUUCAGGAACCAUCAGCCUGUGGAAGUACCAGUACCCUGAUAAAAGAACCCACAAGGCUUCGGAUGGCUGUGACGAAGGCGUGCCUGGCAUGUUGACCCACCUCUGCAAGGCCUCUCUGGGAAGUCAGCCGGUGUCAGCACUAGACUGGAAUCCAGACAUGCAAGGACUCUUCGCAACAUGUACCUUUGACCAGACCCUCCAUGUUGGCUUUGUCACUGGUUUGGCAAGCUGACCGCGUGCUUAUAUGGUGACAGAUGUGCAGGGUGAUAGAAAAGUAACAGAAAAAGUAAAAUUUAAUAAUCUGAAAAGUAUACCAAGAUGCAGUUUUCACAGAAAUGCACAGAAAAGAUUUUUCUUGAUAACAAAAACUCCUAAUGUGAAAUUCACAUUUCUCACCAAGAGGCAGUGCUGCUGCAGU